AUGCCUCUGAACGAUGAGCGUCAUGACAUCGAGCCGUCCACGUAUAGAUGGGAUGAAUUCAGAGCGACUUCAUCGCACAGGAUCCAGAUCAAUCCUGAGAAUAACCAAACACAUUUUUAUAAUUACACCUGUGAUAAUCCCGAAUAUAGCUGUAAAACACAAAACUCGGUGAGAAGAACAGAAUACCUGCCAUUUAUGAAACUUCACAAUCGUGGAAGGUGUCGGCGCCAUUUAAUAAGUCAAAAUUCACAAAAUUUUAUUAUGAAGCGCAAACGAAGGACUGUUUUUAAUACACAACAAAUAUUAAUGUUGGAGAAUAUUUUUAAGAAGAAUCCAUAUGUAAGCAGAGAAGAAAGAUAUAAGUUAAUGGAAAUGUUAAACGUAAGCGAUCGAGUAAUAAAAGUGUGGUUUCAGAACCGUCGUCGAUUAUCAAGCAAAAGAGAUAUAGAACUAUUAGUUAAUUAUAACUCAGAUUCGUCUAUGGAAGAAAACGGUUCGAAUUUGACUUUAGACUAUGUUGAAUCGAAAAUAAAUCAAGCUGAUGAAUUUGGGUAUGUGACGUUGGAUGACAGAGCAAUGAGUGAGUUAAUAACUGUUAUUGACUCUCGUCUUACUAUCGAAAUUGAUUUGGAGGAGCCUUGCAAGAAAUUUAAAGAUGGUACUUCUACUAACAAUAUAAUUUAUGAACCUAUUUCACCAGUAAGCCUGCAGGAUGGUGAGGAAGAAGAACAUUUUUGUGUAUCUCGGUGGGAGCCUCAUGAACCUGAAGAGUCCUUAAGACGUUUAUUUGACGUACAAGCUUUUAUAACCAAGUGA